UUAGAGUUUCAAGCAGGGGGACGUGAGAAUUCGUUGUCAAAAACAGAAGACUCACAUUGAAGCGUGAUUCAGGCUUCGGACCUAUUAACGUUAUGCACGGUGUUACUAAAAGAGCGAUGGCUUCUCUGAAAUUCUUGACAGCUAAGGAAGGCUAUCGAGUUAGCAAAUAAUUCGUAGGAGGGCUUAUUACUGUCGGUGGGAAAGUGGCUCAAAGCUUUCUUGGUUAGGUACCUCAUGGAUGAAGAGCGGUGUCGUGGAAUGGGGGCGCCUUCCUCGAAGUUUACCAUCUGUUACAUUUGACCGGUUUUGUCCCUUAUAAGUCCUCAAAGUUUUCACAAAAACAAGGAAGACGGAAAAGACUGAGCACGACUCUUCAAACCCUGCCACAGAACUGGCUACCUACCUACAUUACCAAGCCACGUCUGAGGCCUAAAACGUGAAGAUAUUUACCACCUGCCAUUUUGUUCAAAAACGUUCUCGUUAUACCCACACCACACGACACAGAUCACCAUUUUAUUCUCGAACGAUUGCGGUAUUUCGAGGAUAAACCACGGCACGGAAGAGACGGGACAUGUUGCAUAUCGUUCCUGACAUUGUGAAUGCCAGUGUAUCAUUGUCCUUGAGGCUCAAGCCACGAAACGCUGUGCCGGGUCCAAGCCCACCACUUACAUUACACCAAUCCGACCUCUGCAUCACCCAACAGGAGACUCACGAGAUCAAGCGCCGAAGUCCCCCCUCUGAAUCUCGCAUGAUACGUCGGGGCGGCUCAUUGACGUGGAAGUUGACGGUUUCUUCUUCCGUGUCUGGUGCACCCGAUACGGAGGAGACGGGCCGUUUCAAAAGCCUCAAUUCAGCAACGACCACGACGACGGAGAUCUAGACUUUGUCAAGAACUCUCUGACUGUUUGUCACCUCAUUGCCGACACUCUUACGAUCGAGAGGUCAUUGGUCCUGCGAAAUUCAUAGAGGAGAAAAUCUUAGACAAGCACGCGACCAAAGCCGGCCAGAAAACCUCAUCUUGAAAUUCACCACAAGAGUGCACCAAGAUACAGCCGGGGCCCUGGCUUAGAAGUGGUGGUCAAUUAGACAAUGGAGGCACAGCAGGUGCAGGUGUAUGGACAUGGACAUGGACAUGAGAUUAAGACGAAGAAGCGCCCUUGGCCUCGGUUCCUUGUCUCAUGUGUAGCUCUCAUGCUGUUUCUAGUGAGACCAAGCACCCUAAAAAACAAGACGUUGGAAGCAAGACGGCGAAGUUCGGCGUAUUAGCGGAGCCUCGAUGAGCUUUCUCCCCCGCACCCCGAGCACCACCGACCACACCUCCACCAUCUCUCCACUUGGACGGCCUCUCCACGGCCGCCCGGCGACACUUCGAUUGGGUUGGGUGCUUCAGAACCAUGGGGAUGGCGCCUCAAUCAGGAGAAGGAAGCAACUGGAGUGAGGCUCGAGGUAUUAAAAAAUCCACUGCAUUUCGGGCCCAUUCGGCGCUCAAUACCCAGUCUCAGAAACUUUGGCCCUUGUCAUCACUCACGUAACGCUCCAUGAUCCCCAGGCCCCAGAAAACACCCCCAUUUCCAGUCGUCAUUGGUAGUUGAUCAGCCACUGACACAGGUUCCGUCAGCAGCUCUCCCAGCUUGUCCUCAGUAACGGUGACGCCAAGCUCCAGCAGCAGCCAGAGCUCAAAUUCCCAAGAAACCUUUUGACCUCGUUGUCGUCCGCCAACGCCUCAAUUUUGGUUUCCUUCUCCUCCCUCCUCCAAUUAUUCUCUCUGCGACCUCUUCACCUUUUAUUCCCUCAACUCUCUUUCUCAUCUCCACCACCAAUCCCUUCAGCGUCCGAAGCUGUCUGCUAUAUCCCCCCUCUCUUCACGACCACGCCGCCCACCUCACCAGCUAUCACCAUGGCUCUCGCUGACGAGUCCAACCGUAUCGUCCAAGAGUUCGAUUUCUCCGACGAGGAACUUAACACUCAUGUGAAGGAGUUCUUGAGGCAAAUGGAUGAGGGCCUUCACAAAGAGGGUACCAGCCUCCAACAAAUCCCUACCUACGUCACCGGCGUUCCCAAUGGCACAGAAAAGGUGAUUUUUUAUCCACAUUUGGCUGUGAAGCUGCCCAGACUGAUUCUCCCUCAUUAGGGUUUGUAUCUGGCCGUUGAUCUGGGAGGCACAAACUUCCGAGUUUGCUCCAUCAUGCUCAAUGGUGACACCACCUUUAACCUCACUUACAACAAGGUUGCCAUUCCGAAAGAGCUUAUGGUCGCAAAGACCUCCUCACAACUCUUUUCUUUCCUCGCCAAGCAGAUCGAGAUCUUCCUCAAGGAGCACCAUGCCGACCGCUUCAACUCCCACCUGCGUCGUCGCAACACUGCCAGUACUCCCUCGGGCUAUCGCGAUGAACAUAUCUUCCGCCUGGGGUUCACCUUCAGCUUCCCUGUCAAGCAGCUAGCUAUUAACAAGGGUCUGCUAAUUCGAUGGACCAAGGGCUUUGACAUUCCUGAUGCCAUAGGCAAGGACGUCUGCGCUCUGCUUCAGACCGAGAUCGACAAGCUCCACCUCCCCGUCAAGGUUGCGGCGCUCGUAAACGACACUGUCGGCACUCUCAUGGCUCGAUCCUACACUUCAACCAGCAAGAGCCGAUCUGUGCUCGGUGCCAUCUUUGGUACUGGUACCAACGGUGCCUACAUGGAAAAAUUGAGCAACAUCAAGAAGCCUAUCUCUGGGGAGUAUGAUCAAUCAACAGGAGAGAUGGUUGUCAACACAGAGUGGGGUUCUUUUGACAACCAGCUCAACGUUUUGCCAUCAACACCUUGGGAUAAGGCUCUUGACGCCGAAAGUGUGAACCCUGGCCUUCAAAUGUUCGAGAAGCGGGUGUCUGGUAUGUUCUUGGGCGAGAUUGUCCGACUUGCCAUGGCCGAUAUGAUCAACAAUGAGAGUUCGUCUCUGUUCAAGGAUCUCAACUCGAGCACGAACGAUUGGGGCACCACCACAAACAUCGCGCCAUCGUCUGGCUUCCUUAAGCCUUGGGGACUUGACAGCUCCAUCAUGUCCGUUGCGGCCGCCGACAAUACCCCUGAGCUGUCUACCCUUCGCCAGGAGCUCGAGAACCUCCUCAGUGUUUAUACCCCCUCACUCGAGGAUGCUCAGGCUUUCAAGUCUGUUUCCAAUGCUGUUGGUCGUCGCGCUGCUCGAUUGUCAGCUGUCGCCAUCGGUGCCAUCGCCCUCAACUCUGGCAAGCUCAAUGAUCUCGAUGAAGAGGUUAUUGAUAUCGGUGUCGAUGGCAGUCUCGUCGAGCACUACCCUUUCUUCCGCGAUAUGAUCUACGAGGCCCUCCGUGCCAUUGACGGCAUUGGACCACAGGGUGCUGAGAAGAUCCGAAUCGGUAUCGCCAAGGACGGUAGCGGUGUCGGCGCCGCCCUGAUUGCCCUGGUGGCUGCUGGCAGGGAGAAGCCCGAAGAUUAUUUGACUGACUUGAGAUCCGAGUCCAACCGCGCUCGCAAGUCUUCUGAUGCGAUCCGUACGUUCUACCCUCCAUCCCAAGCCAUUCAAACUUCGGCUUCCGCGUAAGCGACAUUUGCUAACAAUUUAAUAGUCGAUUCUGCACCAGUCUCUAACCAGGCACUCCUAAUUGGCGGUGCUGUCGGUCUCCUUGCGCUAGCAGCUAUAUGGUAUAGCAAGCGUCGAUGAGCAACUAAUGUUUUGGUGUUAUGUUUCUGAGUUGAUAACUCGUGUCAAGAUUUAUGUAUAUAUGUGCAUGUGACGGGAUGUGGUCAUGUUCAUUUUUGGGCCCUAGGCGUUUUCUUCAAUUUUUUCAUCCCUUUGCUGUUUUUUUUUCUACAUUCAAAAGUUGUAUAAUUAUGAGGCAACUAGUUUUAUGACGAGAUAAUCUGAUGAUUCCUUUUCAGUUUCCCCAGGAACAACUGGAUUUAUUAUUGGGUUAUUAUUAUGGUAAGUCUAAUAUUGUGUCUUUUUCUGAAGCGCGUCUAGCCCAUCCGAACCGUUGAAAUCGUACACCAUCGUGAAGCAAUCCAUUCUUCUUUAGUAGCAGCUUAUAUCAAUCACAUCUUUCUCGUCCAUGCCUCAAUUCCCAAAAGCAGCCGCAGGAUAAGACCUAUCCUUCUUCUUUCGCGCCGCAGAGCUACUUCUAGAGCUUGCACCGGAGCCAGUACUUCCUACCCGGGGCGGUGGUGCGAGACGGCUGUUUGCCAUAUCGUCAGGGAGAUCAUUCCACUCCGUCUCAGGUCGUUGAUUUUGAUAGGAUUUCCCAGACUGAGGCAUGAGAGGUCUUGAGGUGCUAUUUUUGGGAGGACCUGACGCUGCGUCCAGGUUGGCAAUGUCAGCAGUUGCGCUCGCAAGCACACUAUGUUGAGGCGCAGAAGAGGAAGAAGGUAGCAAGUUCCGGACAGAAGCGCCAGUGGGACGGCUGACUAGCCAAGCGGAAUUGGGACGCAGCUUGAGAUAGUAGCCCUCAAUAGGUUGGUUCUCGCGCUUGAAGCCACGACCUUCAUACCAUUUCAGACCCUCCUCAUUCUCAGUCCAAACAUGGGCCGUGACAGUUGUCACAUUCAAGUUGGGGUCCGAUACAGCACCUGCAAUGAUAUUGUCCACUGCAGCGUUCACGAGACCCAGCGAUCGAUAAGGCGAGAGCAGACAUAGCGACUGAAUGUAUAGAUUCUGGGGCAUGACUCCCUGACUGUUGGAAUCGAGGAUGGGUUCAACGCGGCAAACGACACCGCCGACGACCUUGGCUUCAGAACCAUUGUGAGCCCAGGUGAUGACUCGGGAAAAGCGACCAGAUGUCGGAUCAACUGCACGUUGAUAGAAGUUGUCGGGGUAGCUAACGGGAAGAAGGAGGGCGUUGAUGCAACGUAGAGCGUUGAUAUCGUCGUUCGAGACCAGCCGGAUCGUAGCUUCUUGAGGGAGAGAUGUCGGUAGAGGUGGGAUUUGGAAUGAGGCUAUCGUGGAGUCUGGCGUCUUCGAGGUUGGUGGAGGGACAGUAGCAGCAGGCGGCGGGGGAGGCCCUGAGAGUUCUAUGAAAGCUCCCUGAGAAGGCGGAGGCGCAUAUUUGGGUGUUUUUGCCGAGAAGAAGGAUCGGAUAGAGGUUUGGGCGGGUUUUGUGGACGGAAGUGACAUAUUAACGUGGACGUAUGUAAAUGUGCAGUUGGAGGUUGAUCGAGACAGGUAGAGGUUGUAUGUUGUUGAGAGAGGACGGAGGUUGUUUAUGAGACAGAUAUCGACGAACUGUAAACAAGGGAAAAGAAAACUAAGAUUUGGGAAAAGUGAGACAAAUACCCAGCCGAAACCCUAAACUAUGCACUCUUUGAGUCUAAGUGUCAAUCCGGAGCAAUGAGGAUUAUGCUUUCGUGGAGGUAUUCAAAGGGGUCGAAAAAGCAUGGAAGUCCAGAGGGGAUGAGGCUCUUGGAUAGCCACUAGCG